UUUACACUGAUCCGCCGCAGUUUUCCUUUUCCCGCUGAACUUCAAUAUUCCUUCCACUUCCUGGCGCCCUUUCCGGCACCACGCGAAGCCAACCAUUAUCACUCGAGAUAUUGACCAGAGAAAGCACAAGUCAAUCUUAACGCCAACGCGUAGCCCUCCAAUAUUCAAACCUUAACCGACCUUCGUUCCCGGAAGAUGGCCCUCGGCGACACGUCCCGAGCCUACCUCUUUUUUACCCUCCUCCAUUUCUUUCAGUUCGCCCUUGCGAUCACAGUCUGUGCUCUCUACGGAAUAAAUCUAGACCGCGCUCGAAAGGCUGGAGCACACGCGGAUGGACGAUGGGUCUAUGCUGAGGUGGUGGGAGGCCUCUCCGCCUUAACGGCAAUCCUCUACUGCAUCCCCUUCAUCCUCCGGUUUGCGCUUGUUUGGGCAUGGAACUUGAUCCUUUUUAUCCUCUGGAUUGCCCUGUUUGGCGUCUUUGGCCGCCUGUACAUCCAUGAGGAUGCUGGAGGGAACGGCGAUGUUCAGCGUAUGAAGAACGCCGUCUGGGUCGUCCUCACCAGUGCUAUUUUGUGGCUCAUCGGAGUCCUGGCGCAUUUCAUUUACUGGUGGGGUCAUAGGGAGCGCCGAUCUCGCUUCACGAGUCGCGCAAAGGUGUAAGGCUGCCCGCUGUGGAUGGUCGUUGACUAUCUGCAGAGAGCUAUCAGGGGCGUCUACUUUCUUACCCGAAUCACUUGAGGUUUGUGCA